GUUCAAGCGAUUCCCCUGCCUCAGCCUCCCGAGUAGCUGGGAUUACAGGUGCAUGCCACCAUGCCCGGCUUUUUUUUUUUUUUUUUUUUGUAAUUUUAGUAGAGACGGGGGUUUCACCAUGUUAGCCAGAGUGGUCUCGAACUCCUGAACUUGUGAUCCGCCCGCCUCAACCUCCCAAAGUUCUGGGAUUAUAGGCGUGAGCCACCACACCUGGCUUUAUAAUACUUUCAAUUUCAAAAGCCGCAAUUAAUUUUGCACCAACCUGAUAGUAAUUGACUCCCUUAAAAGUAGUCAAAGCAUAUUCCAAAGAUAUUGGAUGUGGAUACUUUUUAUGGGAAAGUUGUUAAACUUCCAACAAGUUUAUAAUUGUUCUGCCUGGGAAUUGUCCUUGAUCGUCAUGCAUGAGUCAGAUGGAGAGGGCAAAAAUGAAAAUUGUACCUUGUCAGGUGGUUUCCAAAGGUGACACUUUUUAUUAUGUAACGUGCUCUACAGGAGGUAGAAGACUAGGAUUGUUUUGAUGCAUACAGCACAGAAAAUGAAUCUAUCAAUUAUAUUCCUCAUGAAAACAGAGCAUGCUGUUUGUGGAGGCACAAUGUGGGGUCAUCCUGUGACCAAACGAGUGGCAACUCUUGUUCAAGUUUCCUCCUCGUUCGGUUUGAUUUCAAGGUUACCUCAGUUUCAAUGCAGCCCUUUCUGUUCAGGGCACAAAACUCCUGAUUUACUACUUACAACUAGUGGUUCUCAGCCUCAGAUUCACGUAAAAAUUACCUGGAAGACUUUUCAUUUUUAAAUAAUGUUACUGAUGUAUAUGUUAUGUGCAAUAAUAUGUACCCAUUUACUGUGCACACUUUGAUGAGUUUUGAAAAAGUUUUACCCCUUUUAAAGAUUUAGAACAUUCCCAACACUCUCAAAAGUUCCCCAGGUCCUUUAUAGCCAACUUUUCUCAGCACCAUCCACCUCUCCGCCACCCAUCCUCCAUCUCCUAGGGGGUGACGUGGUACUUUGGUAGGUAGCACGCAAGUGGAUCCUUGGAUCCAAAGAAUAAUUCAAAUUGACUGAUUCGAGGGACCAUGUGCAACCAUGAAAGUGGUAGGAGAAGGGGAGUUGAGUGUUUAACUGGCCUGGGAAGCAGGGAAGGUUAAAACAGGGCUUUUCAAACACAGCACUAUUGAUGUUUUGGAAUGGAUCAUUCUUUGUUGUGGGUGCUGUCCCGUGCAUUGUAGAAUGCUUAGCAGCAUCUGUGACCUGUACCCACUAAGAUGCCAGUAGCAUCCCCCUAGUUAAUAACCAAAUAUCUAGGCCGGGCACGGUGGCUCACGCUUGUAAUCCCAGCACUUUGGGAGGCCGAGGUGGGCGGAUCACGAGGUCAGGAGAUCGAGACCACGGUGAAACCCCGUCUCUACUAAAAAAUACAAAAAAAUUAGCCGGGCGUGGUGGCGGGCGCCUGUAGUCCCAGCUACUCGGAGAGGCUGAGGCAGGAGAAUGGCGUGAACCCGGGAGGCGGAGCUUGCAGUGAGCCGAGAUCGCGCCACUGCCCUCCAGCCUGGGUGACAGAGCAAGACUCUGUCUCAAAAACAAACAAACAAACAAACAAACAAAAAACCAAAUAUCUCUUCAGACAUUGCCAAAUGUGCCGUCUAGUGCAAAUCCUCCAUUCUGCCCUCGAGAAUCACUGGAUUAAGAGCAUUACCUUCUGUCCAGAGGCUCUAAAGGACUACACAGCUCAGUUCACCUAGACGCUCCUUCCCCUUUUCUCUUCCUGACAGCCCCAAAAAUUUCACUUUCAUUUCUCAGGCAGUUCCUCCUCAGGAGGGAGGGACUUCUUCACACAGAGGAACCUCAUUUGUUGAAUGAAUCCUGACCACACCAACCCUGGCUUUUCUGCACCUCUUCAACCAGGAGCCGAGAUUUCUGUAGGUCUGAAGUAUCAGGUACAAACUGAGAGAGAAAGAAUACAAACAGAAUUUGAUCGGCUUAGAAGCAUCCUAAAUAGUGAGGAGCAGAGAGAGCUGCAAAGAUUGGAAGAAGAGGAAAAGAAGACGCUGGAUAAGUUUGCAGAGGCUGAGGAUGAGCUAGCUCAGCAGAAGCAGUUGGUGAGAGAGCUCAUCUCAGAUGUGAAGUGUCGGAGUCAGUGGUCAACAAUGGAGCUGCUGCAGGACAUGAGUGGAAUCAUGAAAUGGAGUGAGAUCUGGAGGCUGAAAAAGCCAAAAACGGUUUCCAAGAAACUGAAGACUGUAUUCCAUGCUCCAGAUCUGAGUAGGAUGCUGAGAAUGUUUAGAGAACUGACAGCUGUCCGGUGCUACUGGGGUAAGAAAAAGUUACAGUCUUUAAAUAACUGUUUUCCAAUUACCUUUCAGAAGUUUAUGGUUUCAAUGAUAUCUUCUGAUCUUAGCCUCAUGCGUUCUCAGCACCUCCCAAAACAUUUGCUAAACACAUUUCUCCAGUGUUUUACCCCUCCAAUUCAUCAACGCAAGUUUUUCAGUCACUUCCCAAGUUCCUUCAUCACAAUGUCACUAGAUAAACCUACUCCAUAUCUGUCACCUAAUCUUAUAUAUCACAUAGAUUAUUAUAUUCAUAUACAUACAUAUAUAUUUUUUUUUCUUGCAGUGGAUGUCACACUGAAUUCAGUCAACCUAAAUUUGAAUCUUGUCCUUUCAGAAGAUCAGAGACAAGUGAUAUCUGUGCCAAUUUGGCCUUUUCAGUGUUAUAAUUAUGGUGUCUUGGGAUCCCAAUAUUUCUCCUCUGGGAAACAUUACUGGGAAGUGGAUGUGUCCAAGAAAACUGCCUGGAUCCUGGGGGUAUACUGUAGAACAUAUUCCCGCAAUAUAAAGUAUGUUCUUAGAAGACGUGCAAAUCAUCAAAAUCUUUACUCCAAAUACAGACCUCUAUUUGGCUACUGGGUUAUAGGGUUACAGAAUAAAUGUAAGUAUACUGUCUUUGAGGAGUCUUUGUCCUCUGAUCCCGAGGUUUUGACUCUCUCCAUGGCUGUGCCUCCCUGCCGUGUUGGGGUUUUCCUAGACUAUGAAGCAGGCAUUGUCUCAUUUUUCAAUGUCACAAGCUAUGGCUCCCUCAUUUACAAGUUCUCUAAAUGUUGCUUUUCUCAGCCUGUUUAUCCAUAUUUCAAUCCUUGGAACUGUCCAGCUCCCAUGAGUCUAUGCCCCCCAAGCUCUUGAAUUUUCUCGUUUCUUCACCUACAACCCUUUGUCUUGACUUAUCUCCUGCAACUGACUCAUCUGCAACAUUCAGACCAUUGCUUCCUUGUGGUUUCCCUUCUUUAGAACUUUUACUCAUCCUUGAGAUGUACAGUGUAUUUGGCUUGAGUUAUGAGAGAUGCUUAUUUAUUCAUUUAUUCUUUUUCAUAUUUUCAGAGAAAGUUACCUAAUCCCUCCUAAAGACAAAGCAGUAUGGGUAUAACAUCCUUGCCUUCCCAUUUAUCCAUGUUUCGCUUUAUCACUGAUGUGAAGAGGCCCAAAGCCUGUUAGCCACCAUCCAUGCUACCUAGGUAGUCCAUAGGAACCACCCCCAGGACCACCACCAACAUCAACUAAAGAUUCUUGGAGGGUAUGUCAGUGUGUUGCUCAGGAUACCCCAGGUACAACAAGGAAUCAAGGAGAGGAAAAUAUGAGCAAUAUGUGUAUUCAGAGUGAAGAUUUUAUGUCCAGAGUAUUUGAGCUCAAACCUUGUCUCUUGUUUUCUAAACAUGAUGAAUACUUUCUCAGUUUCCUUUUCCUGAAAUAUAAAUUGGGAUUUAAGACUGUACCUAACUAUUAAGAUCACUGUGUAAAACUAAGUGUCUCUAAAUGUAAUGCAUCGAUUUAGUGUCUGGAACAUAAUAAAUAUUUGCUCUCAUGAUUACUAAAAA